UAAGUAUGGUUAUCUCUCUAAGUCCAUACGCGUGUUGGGUAUAUGAAUGAAAAUGAUCGACCCUUUUACUUUUGCAUUUAAUUUUGAAGGCUGAGACCGGAAGUAUUUUAUCAAGACAUUGGUAGAAGACAACAUUUUUAGCUUUUCCCGUUCUGCAAAAGCGAAAUCGCGAAAACUACAUAACCAAUUUAUUAAUAUAUGUAAGUAACUUAGGUGUGCACCAUGAUCUGCAUUCUGCUGGUAGCUGGUCACGGCACGGUUUUACAGACACAAAUCAAGAACGAUGACACUGGUUUGUACAGUCACCUGGCUGGAGUGCCCAAGGCCUUACUGCCAGGGAUCGGUGGGAAAAAGAUCCUUGACUUCUGGUGGGAAACUGUCAACAUGCGCCAACUGUUUACCGAAGUCUAUCUUGUUACAAAUGCAGACAAAUACAAGCAUUAUGAGCGCUGGGCCACAGCUAAUGACUUUCCUGUAGAAAAUGUUAUAAAUGAUGGCAGUACAACUCUAGAGGACCGCCUUGGUGCAGUGGCUGAUCUGGAGCUGGCCAUACGCAGCCGAAAACUACAAGAUGAUAUCAUGGUGAUUGCAGGAGACAUGCUUUGUGCAGAUCAAAACUUUGACAUUGCUCAAGUAAUCCGAUUCUUCAGGUCAAAGCCUGGAGAACUGAUGAUUUACUAUGAACUGGAGGAGGGUGAGAAAAGCAGCUCUAGAGGCAUUGUGGAGGUCUGUCCUGACACCAAUAAAAUAACACGUUUUUUGGAGAAGCCUGCAGAGGGAUUAACCACAUCCCGAUUGGCCAGUGUGGUAUUUUAUUGUCUCCAAAAAGACACUCUCUCUUAUCUGUCUGACUUCCUCUGUCUGCAGCCUCAAGCCACCGACAGAACCUUUGGACAGUUUUGGGAGUGGCUUAUAAAUGAAAAGAAACAGGAUGUAUUUGGAAUGAAGCUGCCCACAGGUUUUCAGCUAAUUGGACAAGUGGGAUUGUCAGACUACACCAAAUGGCUGACACACUACUCCACUAAGCAACAAGACAAUCCUGCCAAGCCAAUUACAUGCAGGUCAUAUGCAAGGGUUGGAUUAAUGGGGAAUCCUUCAGACGGCUUCAAUGGGAAAACUAUUGCAAUGACCAUUUCUAAUUUCUGGGCGGAGGUUACAUUGACAGAGAGCCAGAGUUUGGUCUUGGUUCCUCACCCACUCAAUGACCCCACUGAGUUUGGCAGUUUGCAGGAUCUCUUCUGCAUCAGCAGGAAGGAAGGCUAUCUAGGAGGUCUAAGGCUUUUACAGGCAACUUGUAAGAAGUUUUAUCAGUUUUGCUCCAAACAGGGCAUUGCUUUGACAAAACAGAACUUUACAUUGAAAUAUGACACAAAUAUUCCUCGGCAAGUGGGCCUUGCUGGAAGCAGUGCCAUUGUAUCGGCUACUCUCAAGUGCCUCAUGAAAUUUUACAACAUUACAGACGAUGACUUGCCAAAACCAAUCAGAGCUAAUUUCAUCCUGAAUGUGGAGACAGACGAGCUCUUCAUCACAGCUGGUCUACAGGACAGAGUGGUACAGGUUUAUGAAGGUUUGGUUUACAUGGAUUUCAGCAAAAAGCUCAUGGAUGAACAGGGCUAUGGUAACUAUAUUUGUAUGGACAUGAAGGACCUGCCCCCAUUCUGGUUGGCUUAUCUCAGUGACCCCAGUGACUCUGGGAGGAUCCACAGUAAUAUCAGGCAACGCUGGCUCGGUGGAGAGCCUCUGGUGGUUGAGGCAAUGAAAACUUUUGCUGAUUUGACAGAUCAAGCAAGGACUGCUCUAGAAACAAAAGACUGGAGUCGCAUGGCUCAAUUAAUGGAUCAAAACUUUGAACUAAGAAGGACUGUCUACACUGAUGGCUGUCUGGGUCCUGGAAAUCUCAAAAUGGUGGAAUUAGCGCGGCAGUUUGGCUCUGCUGUGAAGUUACCGGGCAGCGGAGGAGCCGUAGUUGGGUUGUGUUUGGACCAAACAAAACAGAUGGAGAUGAGACAAGCUUUUCAGGAGGCUGGCUGUGUCUUCUGUGUCAUUGCUCCGUACAACCCCUCUGUGUGCAUGAGCCCACUUUAAACAUUCACUCAACAGCUUCAUAGGGUCCAGAGAUAGAACAUUUCAUUGAGAUUAUCAUGACAGUAAGAACAAGGUGGUAAAUAUAUUUUAAAACUUUUUUUUUUUAACCGUAGUUUAUGUGAAUGGAAAAUCCUGAAAAUUAUUUGAAAUAAUAUUAACAAUGGUUCAUAAAUUUCAGUUAUCAGAGGCAGAGAAAAAAAUAUGUUGAAGUUAUAUUUCUGUAAACAUAUAUAUUUUUUAAAUUUAUGAAAAAUAGUAUACAACUGUAAUAAGACCAAAAUAAUGCAUUAUCGUGCUCUAACACUAAAUGUCAAUAUAUAUAAUAUAUAAGAUUAUGUAAUUGUAAAUUUUUAUCAUUGUAAUGAAGAAUAUUUUGUAAAGCCUUACAUAGCCUAAUGUUGCGACCAUCUGAAAGAGUCUUGGGUGCCAGUGUAGAAAACAGAAGAAACCUGUUAAAUUAAACACAAUAGACUUAGACCAAAUUUUUGCUAAAUUCAGUAAAAUUUGCUGUAGUAUAAUCACCAAAUUCUAUAGUAUAGAAUAGCCUACUAUUCUGUCUAGGAUGACCACCUUUAAAUUGCUGAAAAGGUUGGACAAAUUGUUUAAUGGUGAGAUGGACUCAGGAAAUUUAAGUGCAUAGAUAAUAACUGCAGUUUUUCAGUUUUUAUCACUUGUGAGAUAGUUAGGCAUUGUAAAAGGUGCACAAUAAGUAUUGAUUUCUUUGUGAGGAAGUAAAAAUAUAUUAUGAUAUUUUCUAUGCAAAUUUUCUCUUUUAUAUCAGUUGUUGCAAUGAUGUGUGGCACAUUCUCUAAAUGAAAUAAAUGGCUGUGUGCAGGACACCCAAAAGUGGUGCAAGUAGUGGUGACCUUAGCCCUGCCUCCCUCCUGAAGAAAAAUCUACCUACAUUAUGCUAAAUUGUACUCUUGUGAGAUUUAAGCCAUAUUAGAAUGUUGGUACUGGCGCUUGGCCUGGGCCUGCCUCCUCAAAAACAUGCCCAGAGUAAUGUUUUGUUUCAUUCACACAUGUUUGAGUAAUCCUUUAUUAUUAGUCUCUAAAGGUCAAAAUGCUCUGUUCCACCUAGUGAAUAUUUUCAAGUUAACAAAAUAGAUUUUAACUUUUGUUUAGCAGAGACUGUAAAUUCCAGAGUUUGAACUAAUGAAAAUUAUGAUUUUAGUGAAGGUGUAUGGAGUUUAAAAACACAGUUCCUGUAUUACCACAUGACAUCACAAGAAGUGUUUUCUGUUUGAGAGAAGAACUCAGCCUAAAUAUGCAGGGUUUCUGUGAAACUUCUGAGACUUAGACAAACUUUAUUGAUCCACAAGGGAAACUGUGUAAAUGCGUGACUGAAACAAAGCACAACUCCAGGUAUGUUUUUGAUAAGGAAACAACAUUAUAACAUAGACACAGAAAAUAGCGUAAUAUGGGUCCUUUAAACCCGUGUAAGUAGAG